AACAAGGAGACAAGGAAAUAAGGAAGAGGAGACAGACAUUCCUCCUGUGGAGCUGCAGCAGGGACGAGUCGACCAGCCUUGAUUUUCUUAUUGUGAAGAAAGUCGGACCAGCGACAAGCACACAGGAAUGAGUCCGCUGAGAGGUUUCCCCUGGCUUCUGAUAUUCCUCUAUGCAGCAGCUAUGUGUGCAGGGGUCAGUGGUACAAAGGUCGACAAUGUGUCGUCAGAAAUCUGUCGUCAUCCAUGUGAAGAGCUGGUGGCCUUGCUCACUGAGAUCCAAGGCCUGCGUAUUGUCACCAGCAGCCUGCUUGAAGAUCUAGAGAGAGUUUCAAAAGAAAAUGAGGUGAUGCGCAUAUCUUUGGCUGAGCUGAGCAACAGCAGCAGUGGCGGCAGCAGUGGUCGUGGCCGCGGCCGUGGCAGUGGCCGUCGCAAUGGCCACGGUGGCAGCCAUGGAGAUGGACGUGGUGGCAGCUAUGGCAAUGGUCAUGGCGAUGGCUAUGGUCAUGGAGAUGACCAUGGCGGCAGCCAUGACAACGGGCGUGGUGGCAGCUAUGGCUAUGGCCAUGGAGAUGGCCAUGGUGGCAGCCAUGACAACGGGCGUGGUGGCAGCUAUGGCUAUGGCCAUGGAGAUGACCAUGGUGAUGGCCAUGGUGGCAGCCAUGACAACGGGCAUGGGGGCAGCUAUGGCAAUGGCCGUGGCCAUGGCUAUGGUCAUGGAGAUGGCCAUGGUGGCAGCCAUGACAACGGGCGUGGGGGCAGCUAUGGCAAUGGCCGUGGCCAUGGCUAUGGUCAUGGAGAUGGCCAUGGUGGCAGCCAUGACAACUGGCGUGGUGACAGCUAUGGCAAUGGCCGUGGCGAUGGCUAUGGUCAUGGAGAUGGCCAUGGUGGCAGCCAUGACAACGGGCGUGGUGGCAGCCAUGGCUAUGGUCAUGAAGAUGGCUAUGGUGGCAGCCAUGACGAAGGGCAUGGUGGCAGCUAUGGCUAUGGCCAUGGAGGCCCUGGCGAUGGCCAUGGCCAAGGUGAUGGUUAUGGUGGCGACGAUGAUCUUGACGACCUUGACAGAGACAGGGACGGGGAGAUCUGGUGUUUCCAAGACGGGCGAGUGUACGAGCAGGGCGACGACUGGGAGGUUGACAGCUGCACCUCCUGUACUUGCCAGGAUGGAAAGGUGGUGUGUCAACAGGUGUCCUGCCCUCCUGUGUCCUGCAUCAAUCCCUCCUUUAUCGAUGGAAAGUGCUGUCCUGUCUGUCUCAAUAAUGAAGACGGCUGGUCCCCGUGGUCUGAGUGGACCGACUGUUCGGUCACCUGUGGACGAGGAGGUCAUCAAAGGGGCCGAUCCUGCAAUGGCAUCAUGCCGUCCUGCUCCGGCCCGUCAGUCCAAACCCGCAGCUGCAUGCUGACAAAGUGUGACCGCAAGGCGCGUGCUGACGGCAACUGGGGCCUUUGGUCUCCUUGGUCCGCAUGCACAACCACAUGUGGCGAAGGCAACAUCACGCGGGUUCGUCUCUGCAACAACCCCCAGCCACAGAAGGGGGGCAGAGGGUGCACGGGCAGCGCCAGGGAGACACAACCUUGCAACAAUACGCUCUGCCCCGUUGCCGGAGGCUGGACAAGCUGGACUGGAUGGUCACUUUGCUCCGAGUCGUGUGGGGGAGGUCUUAUCAGUCGUCAGCGGGAGUGUUUGAACCCUGCUCCUCAGAACGGUGGGAAGCCUUGUGCUGGAGACGCCGUGGACUAUGAAGCAUGUAACAAACAACCAUGUCCUAUAGAUAUAUGCUUGCUGUCAAAUCCAUGUUUUCCUGGUGUGGCGUGCACAUCACAUAGCGAUGGAUCGUGGGAAUGUGGACGCUGUCCGUUGGGUUUAAAAGGCAACGGCACGCACUGUGAGGAUGAGAACGAGUGUGAAGUGGAGGAUGUGUGUGUCACACAGUGUGUAAACACAGACCCUGGGUACUACUGCCUGCCCUGUCCUCCUCGCUAUAAAGGCACCCAGCCAUAUGGCCUCGGACUGGAGGAAGCCCUGAAAAUCAAGCAGGUGUGUGAGCCAUACAACCCUUGCAAAGACAACACACACACCUGCCACAAGUAUGCUGAGUGCGUGUACCUGGGCCUGGCGUCCGAGGUUUUGUUCAAGUGUGUGUGUGCAGUCGGGUUCGCGGGCGACGGCUUCCUGUGUGGUGAAGACUCUGAUCUGGAUGGCUGGCCCAACUACAGACUACCCUGCAAAAAGAAUGCAACCUAUCAUUGUCAAAAGGAUAAUUGCCCCAUGCUACCAAACUCUGGACAGGAAGACCUGGACAAGGACGGGCAGGGAGACGCCUGCGAUCCUGAUGAUGAUAACGAUGACAUCAUAGACGAGAGGGACAACUGCCCGCUGGUGUACAACCCCCGGCAGUUUGACUCUGACAGAGAUGGGGUCGGGGACCGCUGUGAUAACUGUCCAUUUGAUAGCAACCCGCUGCAGACAGACACUGAUGACAACGGAGAAGGAGACGCCUGCAGCAUCGACAUUGACGGAGACGAGGUUCUGAACGACCGCGACAACUGUCCCCUAGUCUACAACACUGACCAGAGGGACACAGACCUGGAUGGUGUUGGAGACCAGUGUGACAACUGUCCCCUCCUACACAACCCACAGCAGCUUGACUCCGACAGCGACCUGGUGGGGGACAUGUGCGACGACAACCAGGACAUCGAUGAGGACGGCCACCAAAACUCUCUAGACAACUGUCCCUACAUCGCCAACAGCAACCAGGCCGACCACGACAAGGACGGGAAGGGAGACGCCUGCGACCAUGACGAUGACAACGACGGUAUUCCUGACGACCGGGACAACUGCAGACUGGUGCCCAACAGGGACCAGAUGGACUCUGAUGGUGACGGCAGCGGCGAUGCAUGCUUUGACGACUUCGACAACGACAGUAUUCCAGAUGCGCUGGAUCCCUGUCCGCUGAACCAGGAUAUCGGGUCUACAGACUUCAGGAAGUUCCAGGUUGUCCUGCUGGACCCUAAAGGCACCACGCAGUCCGACCCUCUGUGGGUGAUCCGCAGCCAAGGCACUGAGCUGCUGCAGGCAGCCAACUCGGACCCUGGCAUCGCUUUAGGAUAUGACAAGUUCAGCUCUGUAGACUUCAGUGUGACAUUUUACGUGAACACCAACCGAGAUGACGACUAUGCAGGCAUUGUGUUCGCCUACCAGUCCAGCCGACGCUUCUAUGUUGUCAUGUGGAAACAGGUGUCUCAAGCCUACUGGGAGAAAAAGCCGUCCAAAGCUUUUGGCACAGCGGGAGUCUCGAUCAAACUGGUCAACUCCAUCACAGGACCGGGGGAGUAUCUGCGCAAUGCCCUGUGGCACACCGGAAACACCAGACAGCAGGUCAGAACGUUGUGGCACGACCCCAAUAAAAUUGGCUGGAAGGACUUCACCGCCUACCGCAUGCACCUCAUCCACAGACCCAAGACUGGGUUCAUCAGGGUGGUGGUGUAUGAGGGCAGGGAGAUUUUGUCCGACUCGGGGGCGGUGUACGACCACACCCUGGCUGGAGGCAGGCUGGGACUGUUCGUCUUCUCUCAGGAACAGGUGCUCUUCUCAGACCUCAGAUAUGAGUGCAGAGAUAACUGAACAAGCCACCAGAGGUCCACAUUCAUUUCAGAAAAUCGGUCAACAGAGAGAGAGAGAGAGAGAGGAUGCACCAGAUCCAGGCCUUUACCCCGCCAAGACUAUCAAUUAGUGACCAUCAUCUAUCUAUCAGCUUUUUAUGCGACAGUAUUGAUUCCGGGCUGUCUCAUUCGCUGUAUAUUACUGUAAGACUCAGACAGCAUUUCUCGUGACAGUAGCCUCUUGUUGCUUUUCAUUUGCUUUUUGCUAAUGGUUGUAAAUAAUUAUUUAUUGCCAGAUGCCAGAUACGAAAGGGAGCGAUGGG